CCCUGAGUUGGCUAGGACUCUGGAAUUCUGGGAAGAACCCGGCGGCCCUCCUAGACAAUAGCCCGGAUUCUUCUUCCUCCCGCCGCCCGCGGCAUCCUGGGAGAUGUAGUUCCCUAUGGCGCGUCCAGCAUCCUCGUUGCUGUGGCAACCGAGGGGGCAAACACACGGGGAUCGAGGCCUGCUUGCAAAGUGGGGUAGGAGGAGGAAGGAAAGGAGAGCUUGCUCCCUUCCCAAGGCGCUGAGAAGCCUGACUGCUGCAGGGCAAAGCCCAGGGCCAGAAUGACAACAUGGCUACAAAGGGAAUGUAUAAACUGGAUGAUGGAAACUGUUGCCCAACCAACUGCUUUCCUGUCAGAAGUCUUUUGCGGCCCAGAUAUGAAGAAGGGGCUGGUCACUGGCAAGUGGCCCGCCGGUCGGCUGAGAAAACCAAGAUCGAAUUGCUGUUUGGCACAAAACCCACCCAGUUCAAAUUGAGAGGAGCAGGAACGCCGAGUGGGGCUCACGGGCUUCUGGAUGACAAAACCCUGGAUGGCGCACAUCUGAUUAAGCUCCACCACGUGAAAAGCCCUUCGCAUCUGUGCUCUGUGGACAUCAGCAACCAAAAUUUUGUCUUGGCAAAAGAAGACGAGUUUGAGCAGUUUAAUUCUGUUGCCUAUAUCAACGCCACAGAAAACUUGUUGACCUUAGAAGUGUUCCGUAAAUUUCCUGGGCUACGGGAACUGGAGCUUUCCUUGAAUGGCCUCAGGAACCUAAAAGUCAAUGCUGGGGACUUUCCACACUUGGAAAUCUUGGACCUCUCAUACAACAACCUGUCUCCUGAGGAUGUCCAAGUCCUGGGAGUUUUGUCCCACCUAAAAGUUCUCCAUCUUACCGCCAAUGGACUCUCUUCACUUCCCCUUGACCUUGCUGUUCCCGAGAGCAGUGAGAAUUGCCCGAGGUUCCCAGCUCUGGAAGUCUUGCUCUUGGACGACAACCACCUUUCCCACCCAGACGUCUUUGUCAGUCUAGCCAACCUCCAAAGCCUGAAGCAGUUAAACCUGGACAAAAACGGAAUUAAAGAGGUACCGUACCUCCACCACAUGGACAACUCUCGCUUCUCCAUCCAUCCUUUAUCCGCCAAGUCGGGCAUUAGGGAAGGACUGCGCAGCCGUAAGAGUGCGGGGAAACACCUCCACCAGGAUAGCUCCCCUAGUCUUGGCGGGCAACCAGAGUAUAUCAUUUUCCCAAACAGCAAGGAUCCAGACAGGACUGAGAUUGCAUUUCCAUCCUGGUCCCCAGAUCCACCAACAGAGGAAAAUUCUCCUUCACCACGCGUUCCUUCCAAGGCCUCCUGUGCCAGUUUCAGCUCAGAGUUCACUCUUCCCUUACCGGAGCUGAGGUUUCUCAGCCUGGCCAACAACCAGAUCGAACAUGAGGAGGAUUUGUUGGCUGUGGCUCUCUUCCCAUCUCUGACGGAGCUGACGUUCCAUGGCAACCCUUUCACCACUUCACGGAGCGGCGAUCCACCUUUACUCACCAGUUUCCUUCAGAACAAACUGGGGAUUAAAAUGGUUAGGAAGAAAAUUUCAAAACUGGAAAAGCCGCGUAUCUUGAUACCCAACAAGGCUAACCGGAAGGUGAAAGCACAGCUACCCAAGGUCCAGAAGCGGCCUCUGAUGCUGGAAGCAUCUCUUGAAACUACCUUCUGGCAACUGUGGACCGGUUCUGACCUGGAUCCGAACAGAAAAACAAGUGUAGAUGAGCCUCUUCCACCAAUCAGAUCCUUUUCAAUACCAUAUGAUCCCAAACUGCCCAUCAUACCAACUCUUAAAAAGGAGGAAAUAUCUGCACCUAUUUCUUUGGCCAGUUUUGUUACUGAUGCUUCUGCAACCCAGUCCUCACUAGACCAGCCUGAAAACGUUCCUGUAGUUCAGCCUUCACUAACCAAGUUACUGAGUGGAAAUUCAGUCGCAUCUUCACUGGAACAGAUUGUGUCUGAAUCCCUUCCACCACGUGGAUCGUUUUUAGAGGAACAGAGUCAGUCAGGCCUUGCAGGACCAACAGAAAUGCUUUCUGCACAGCAAGAGCUGUCUUCUCUACCAGAAGAGAAUCCGUCUGAACCUAGUCCUCCAAUCAGAACACCUUCAGAAGAACAGCUUCUAUCCAAGAGUGUUCAGUUCAUCCCACUGCCUUUGGCAGGACAGGAUCAGUUUGAACCUGUUCCACCUCCCAACUCGCCUUUGCAAGAGCAGGAUUUGUCUGAGGCUCUUCCAACUGAACCGUAUCCACUGCCCAACUCGCCUUUGCCAGAACGGAAUGUUUCAGAACCAGUUCCACCAACUGAAUCUCUUGCAGGGGAACAGGAUUUGCCCAAGUCUUUUCAGCCAGUCAGAUCAGUUUCAGUGGAACAGGAUCUGUCUGAGGCCUCCCCACCAAUUGGAUCACCCACAGAGGAGCAAGAUCAGUCGGAACCCAUUCCACCUGCUAGCUCAGCUCCUCAAGGACUGGAUUUGUCAGAACCUGUCUCACCAACUAGAUCGUCCACAGGAGUUGUGCCUAGGUCUCUUUUGCCAGCCACUUCUCCUGAACAAAGGCAAGAUCAAGUAGCACCAACUCCACCAUACAGCUCAGCCUCCAAAGGUUUGUCAGGACCUGUUUCAUCGCACCUUUCUGGGACUAUUUUGCCAACCGCUUCUCCUGCAGAAGGGCAAGAGCAGAUAGAGCCAGCUCCACCACGAACCUCAGCUGUGCAAGCAGAGGGCCUGUCAGAACCCAUCUCUCCAUCUAUGUUACCCACAGAGGGACCGGAUCUAUCUGAGCCUCUUCCGCCAAUGAGAUCCCCUCCGGCAGAAGAUCACCUGGAACCUAUUCCAUUGCCCAGCUCACCUGGGCAAGAACAGAAUCUGCCAGAGCGUAUUCCAUCAACCGGACCUCCUGCAGGGGAGCAGGUCGUGGCCAGUACCCCGAUAUUUCGAGAACCAAAUUGGUCAGAACCUGAGCCACAAUUUGGAUUGCCUCCAGUGCAAGAGGAGCCUCUCAAGUCUCCACCAAUCAGCUUCUCUCCUGAGGACCGUGACCUGGUAGAGGCUUUUCCACUCUCCAGAUCCUCUACAGAGGAACAGCGUUCACUGAAGCGCCUUCCACCCAGCCAGUCAUCUUCCAGAGAGCUUUAUCUGUUAUUUGCACGAGUCCAAUCUGGUGCCAUGCCUCUAAGAGCGCUCCAUGGAUUUUCCAGUGAGUACGAGAUGUUAAGCAGCAGUGAGGAGUUCUUGGAGGCAGAGGAAUCCGAGUCCUUUUUCAUGACACAGGUGGAUGAAGAGGAGUCCAGUUCCUUUGUAAAGCCUGCAGAGGAGCCGUCCCGACAUAAGCAGUCCAGCAAAGAAAAGCAAGGAUCCCAACAAGUCCCCGAGAAAUACAAGGGUUAUGAAGAGCUGCUUGGUGGAGACCCCGGCCCAGAUUUCAUUGAGCCAGUGGGAAUACAGCACAACGUCCGAGCUCUGGAGAAGGCUCUUCGGUAUCCUCGUGUGUACCGUGAAUCGAAGGCUAGACUAGACAGCUUUCAGAAGCCUUAUGCGCCUGCAGAGAAGAAGGUCUUGAGGAUCCCUGUCCCGCCGGCUCAAAAGAGCAAAGGGGAGAAGCUGGAAGAAAUCCUGCUGAAGAUGAGGGAGCCCACCAACACCGUAGAGCUGCCACUGGUGUGCAUCCUGCGGCAGAAGAAGGACAACUGGCGUGAAUAUCGAGAGGCCUUAGCGCUGCUGCAGGAAUUCCGAAAGGAGUACAGAGCCGCAGUGGCCACCUGCAAUGUGGAGACCGAGGCCAAGCAAAUGAGCAAGAAGCAUGUCAGCACAGAGAAAAUUAGCCAAAGCGUGUUGCUCAGGAAUCCUCCUGAGGUCAAGAUGGGUGGGAAGCAGCUAGAAGCAUCUUCCGUCACCGAAGAGAACAAACUUUCUUCCAUCCUAUCCAAAAAAGACUCCACCUCAAACAGGAGAGCUGAAGAACUGCCUAUUUAACAAGACAGAGUUAUUUAACUGUAGUCUUUGAAGAGCCCCUUGUUCUAGGAGACUAUUAUUGCAUGAGUAACUAGAAGCCAUAGGAACAGAAAUUACCUGCUUACGAAACCCUCUGCAAAGCACAGGAUGUUGACCUGCUCAGAGUUACAGGUUAAGAGUAGUUUAGCUCCACUUCAGGGCAGAAGUUCAAAAGCGCCACAGAGGACUGAUGAAAACCGUAAGUGCCCUUCAAAAGGAAGUUUCGUGAUGCAAUUCAAAUCAUGUGCCUUGAGUCCAUGCAACAACUGCAAAACAGUGAAAUAAAUAACUGUACCAGUGGUGGGCCUCUAGUUUUAUCAAACCAUUAGUGCCCAAGGAAGCCCGUUUGACAAUCAUUCAGAUGCAAGAACCUCAGUAGCUUCUAUUGGAGGAAAAAACCAUGCUGAGAAAUUAUCAGGGCCCUUCAGAAAGCCUUCCGUAGAAGCAACUACAGGCACACCAGAGUUUCACUCUUGCAGGUCAUCAUAUUUCAAUGCUUUAUUGUAGGAUAAAGGUGAUCCCUAUUGCCCUUAUGGUUCGCUAUGUUGUCACACUUCCCUUCAGGUAACCUCAAAUCAGGGAAGUAAGACAAAGGUUGUCUCAGAGCAACUCUUCCUUAAAGACAACUUUCAUUUUGCAGUUUAAAACUACCCACCCACCCCCGAUUUCAUGAUUCAUAGACCUUCCUCCCCUUCUUUCAUUUUUCCUUAGGUGGCAGCUCUAGAAAACUAAAGUAAUUAAAUAUUUAAUCCUUAAGAUCGCUGUGCAGUUAAUAUUCUGGUUUAUGUACCUGAUGUUCCUUCAUAAUCCGUUUUUUGAACUCCAGACAACAUUUGCACUUGUAGCUUUUCGGAUCACCAUCAACUAAGUUACUUGGUAGCAAUUCAGGGUUUGAACCUUGCAGGUUGACUUAGCUUUUGUUUCACCUAAGUUAACACAACAUUCUGGCUUAAGAUCCCCCAAGAUGGAAGUUGCUCAAGAUUAGUUAAGGCUUCUCUUUCACUCCAUUGCCCAUCUAGGAGAAAGCAACCAAAUAACUACUAGUGUGCAGUGAAUCUAAUAGGCUGUGUAAGAUGAUCUCUCAGGAGCCCCUCUGUGCUAGGAGGACUGAAGAGGAAGUUCUGACACAAUUUUGGUGGAGAUUAAAAGUGCACCAUU